CGCCUCCACAUCUGUGACCUCACGUCUUGACAGUGGCUCUCUGACUUCAAGCUCUCACUUUACUUCUAUCCCUUAGGCGAUAUUUAACAAACGCCAUGGCCGCCCCAGACCAGCGCAACAUCGUCAUCAUCGGCGGCGGCAUCAUCGGCUGCACAACCGCAUACUACCUCUCGCGGCACCCCUCGGUAGCCUCCACGAUAACCGUCCUCGAGGCCUCCGCGCACGGCGUCGCCCAGGGCGCAUCGGGCAAGGCGGGCGGCCUCGUCGCCAAGUGGGCGUACCCGAAGGAGCUCGUCGCCGUCUCCUUCCCGGAGCACGUCCGCCUCGCGGAGGAGCACGACGGCGCCGCGCGCUGGGGGUGGCGCUUCGUCGGGUGCGGGUCGUGGGAGGGCGACGGUGUGCCCGCACGCGAGGAGGACAAAGAGAGCGGGACGGGUGUGGGCGGGGGCGGAAGGCGGAAGAGUCUCGAGAAGAAGCUCGGGCUUGAGCCUGAACACGAGGUGAACGGUGGCGGGGACACGACGGGUCUUCCACAGGAUCUGGACUGGGUAGCGAGGGAGCAGACGACGGCAUACGCGCCUAUGGCGCCCGCAGGCCACACGGCGCAGGUGCACCCGUACCUCUUCACCACGAGCAUGAUGGACCUCGCCACGGCGAACGGCGCCGCACUCGUCCAGGGCCGCGCAACCCAAAUCGUCAUCUCCAACGACGGCCGCGUCUCCGGCGUCGUCUAUCAGACCAGCGACAGCGAGCAGCCGCACACGCUCCCCGCGACACACGUCGUCCUCGCCGCCGGCGCAUGGUCGCCGACCAUCGCGCCCCUCGCCGCGCUCCCCAUAUCCGCGACGCGCGCGCACAGCAUCACGAUCCGCCCCAGACCCCCCGCCUCGAUCGCGCCGUACGUGCUCUUCACCGAGAUCCGCCUCCCCGCCGCCCAGAGCCGCCGCACCGUGACGGUCUCGCCCGAGAUCUACGCGCGCCCGGACAACGAGGUGUACGCGUGCGGGCCGGGCGACGACUCGGUCUUGCCCGGGAGUGUGGAUGACGUCGAGGUCGAUCAGGCGGCGUGCGAGAGUAUCAGGGAGCACGUCGCGAGCAUCUCGCGCGAGCUGCGCGAGGGGGUCGUCGAGAGGCGCCAGGCGUGCUUUUUGCCGAGUAUUCCGGGGGGCCCUGUCGUCGGCGCGGCGGACAAGAUCGCGAAGGGGAUGUACAUUGCGACUGGGCACACAUGCUGGGGCAUUUGCAACGCCCCGGGUACGGCGAAAGCACUGGCAGAGCUGAUUCUGGAGGGCAAGAUCAAGUCGGGCAAUCUGAAGAAGCUUUCGCCAUCAAAUUUCCUGUAGUAUUAUCCUUGCACGCUGUAUCCAUUGCCCUGUAGACUAACCCAAUACCAAUGUAUCCAUGAAGAGAACAUGCUUAAUUCCCAAUGAUUACAGAAUUUAC